CACCACCAACCACCACCGACCUGCACACCCAGCCAACGGCCAGCCCGAGCGACUUCAACGACACUUUCCGAGCCCAAACCUGUCACGGCCCCGACGCCGUACCAUCGCCAUUGUCAUCAGCGCCAUCACGGCGGAACACCCGAGGGGCUCGCCGCUUUCGUCGCUCGGUCGCUCGACACCGCCUCUGCCGCUCAUCGUCCCCCGUCAUUCCCUGCCCAGUCCACCACCACCCUCACUCACCGAAACUGUUGCCAAACCGUCGCUGCUGCAGCGCAUCGAUGUAAUGCACCUGGCCGGCUCUCUGGAUGCUGUAGCCACCAUCUAGAGACUGCGUCGCCGUCUCUUGCUCCAACAGGGCCAAUCUCGACAUCGCCUCUCCGCCUGAGCAUCGUCAUCUGCCCUCUUGCGAUUGGCGACGCCGGAGGCGAACCACCCAUCACCAAACGGGGCCAGGGCAGCAUUGGACGGCUGCGAGGAUGCCCUCGUUCCUCACUGACACGACCUUCUCCGACAUUGAAGUCCUCGAUCUCGAUCCUGACAACCGCUUCGGGCUCGACGGCAAGAAGACUGUGAAUGGGGGCCCGGUCGGUCACGGUCGUCCAGGUAUAGUCAAUGGGAGCUACGACGAGGGCUCGACCCUGUCCACGCGCGACUCGGACGUCUCGGAGACGAUUCCCAUGCCCGUUAGCAGCGGGACUCGGCCGACGAGCAUGGGCUCAACCAAUGGCCACAGUGUGUUCGCCGAUGCCGACGACGUGCGGGAUGUGACGCCCAGAGCCCGGCCGGCCAACGGCCUGAACGGAUCCGUGGUUCUCCCCGACCGGACCGCCCCGCGGCCGCCAGCUGAUACUAACCACCACGACCAUCACGACGGCCGUGAAUCGCCCGAGAGUCCCACGACGCCACGCAAGCUCUUACCAGCUUCACAUUCAGAGCAGCGGCCUGGCGAGCACUCCCCAACCGGCAAGGGCUCUCCGCACCGCUUCUCGUCCCCCCCGGCGUACCAACCCGUCCCCAACCCGCUUUCCACCUCGCCCUCAGGCCACCUCCAACCACCGUCUUCCCUCAAACAGAGGCACACACUCGAGGUGCCCAAGCUGCCCCCCGGGCGGCAGUCCAAGGACGGGUUCGACGCUCACGCCAGCGGUCGCUUCUCGCCCAGCGUCGCCGGCUCCACCGGCACGCGGCGGGCUUCGCUGAACCUAGUCCGCAGGACUACGCGCUCCAUGCAAUCAGACGGGCCGCGGGACGAGAUUGUCCCUGAUGAAGACGCCAUCCGGUGGGCCGAGGCAUACCGCCAGAAGCGGGCCAGCAAGCGCAAGCGCAAGGAGGAGGAGGACGACGACCGCGUUUUAGUCGGCACGAAAGUCGACGAGAGCCACGCCAACUGGGUCACCGCGUAUAACAUGCUGACGGGGAUCCGCGUGUCUGUUUCGCGCACCAACGCGAAGCUCGAUCGUGAGCUGACGCCUGCCGACUUUGAAGCCAAACAAAAGUCCACCUUUGACAUAACUGGCAACGAGCUCGUUCCGUCGGCCAAAUAUGACUUCAAGUUUAAGGACUACGCGCCGUGGGUGUUUCGCCGCUUGCGCUCCCUCUUCCGCCUCGACCCGGCCGAUUACCUCAUGUCGCUGACGGGCAAGUAUAUCCUUUCGGAGCUGGGGUCCCCCGGCAAGAGCGGCAGCUUUUUUUACUUUUCCAGGGAUUACAAGUACAUUAUCAAGACUAUCCACCACGCGGAGCACAAGUUCCUGAGGAAAAUCCUCAGGGAGUACUAUGAUCACGUGCAGGCCAACCCCAACACGCUUCUGUCGCAGUUCUAUGGGCUUCACCGCGUCAAGAUGCCCUACGGCAAGAAGAUUCACUUCGUCGUCAUGAACAACCUCUUUCCGCCGCAUAGGGACAUCCACACGACCUUUGACCUCAAGGGCUCGACGGUCGGGCGCGACUAUAGGGAGGAGGACCUGGCCAAGAAUCCUCGGGCGACGCUCAAGGACCUCAACUGGCUGCGGCGACAGCAGCAUCUCGAGCUGGGGAUCCAGAAGAAGCGCAUGUUCCUUGAACAGCUGCAGCAAGACGUGGUGCUGCUCAAGAGGCUUCAGAUCAUGGACUACUCACUGCUGAUCGGCAUUCACGAUCUGUCGAGGGGCAACGAGGAGAACCUGCGUGGCAAGACGCUGCAGGUCUUCAACCCCGGCGGCGAAAAGUCGACCGCCGACGACGAUCCACAUACUACAGGGCUGCUGCGGACGCCGUCUAAGCUCGAAAGCGUGCGCAAAGCCCGCGAGCUGCGGCAGAUGAUCCGGCAGGAGCGGCCCGUGCCCAUGGGCCAGGCGCUUGACAAGAUGCCCGACGAGCUCGAGGAGGGACACAGCCGCUCGGGCUUCGUGUUCAACCAGGACGACGGAGGGUUUAGGGCAACGCACGAAGACAACUCGCCGGCCGACGAGAUUUACUACCUGGGCGUCAUCGACUGCCUGACCCAUUACGGAAUGAUCAAGAAGAUUGAGCACUUCUGGAAGGGACUGUCACAUGACCGCACGCAGAUCUCGGCGCUGCCUCCGGAGCAGUACGGAGACAGGUUCUAUAAUUUCGUCGAGGGCAUCACGAUGUCGGCGGAGGAGGCGAGACGGGAGGCCCAGCGGAGGGACCUUGAGGCGUUGGAGGCGGUGGCGGCGACGUCUGCGCCGCACCGCAGCUCCACGCAGCGCUUCCACGGUAUCCCACCCAUGCCGGAACAUCAGCCGCCCCCGGUGCCGUCAGGGCCGCGUUCGCCUGAGGCGCGGGAGACGGUGGAUAUGGCCAACAAGGAGGCCCUCAAGUCGGUCAUGAGUGGUGCGUCGGAGAGAGAGGUGCCGGACCGCACGCUAAGGACCAACGUGCCCGACAAGCGGGAGCCACCCCCACACGAGCCCGUGCUACCCAUAGUCGAAGAGACCGGGGAGCAGCGCAGCGACGCCGACGAGGCGAGGGACGUGGUGCCGCCUCCGCCUACCGGACCGCCGCCGCCGACGCCGCCCAAGCGGGAGGCCCCGCCGCGUCCUGACGGGUCGGACAGUGGGUACGGAGGCAACAGCAAUGGCACGGUCAGCCGCGACAACUCGCUCAAUGUGCGGUCGCCGCGGAGUAAGGAAAGCCUCGACAAGAACCUGCCGCCUCUUCCCAACAGUGAGACCCGGGACAGCGGGGUGCGGAUGGCAGCCUAGGUCGCAUCGACCAUGACGUGCCUCUGUUUGGCAGAAUGAAAUCUUUCAAGCCUUGGGCCUGUUCGGUCGGCGAGGCUCCAGAUGCGCGGGGACCGCAUCUCAUUACGUGUGAUCGGGGGAGGGGGAAGCUGAUGGCGUCGUAAUCGACGCCACUGCCGAGGAAUGGUGUGCCUUUUUGUCUUUGUCCCAACAUGGAUGAUACCACGCAUCGGCUAGCGUGCAUGCAGUGUCUGCGCUCUUUAUAUUUCAUAUGUCUCCUUGUUCAUUUGGACGAGCGAACGUCGGUAACUUAGACAAUGGUAGAUGAGAGUGCGUUGUGGUACAUGGUAAUACAGGCGCGUGAC